AUGCCCCCCAUCCUGCCAGGCUGCCCCCACCUCCUCCUGCUUCUACUGCUGGCCUGCCAGCCGCAGGCCCCCUCCGCUCAGGUGAUGGACUUCCUGUUUGAGAAGUGGAAGCUCUAUGGCGACCAGUGUCUCCACAACCUGAGCCUGCUGCCCCCCCCAACUGAGCUGGUCUGUAAUAGAACCUUUGACAAAUAUUCCUGCUGGCCGGACACCCCUCCCAACACUACAGCCAACAUCUCCUGCCCCUGGUACCUGCCCUGGCACCACAAAGUGCAGCACCGCCUCGUCUUCAAGAGGUGUGGGCCUGAUGGGCAGUGGGUACGUGGGCCACGGGGGCAGCCAUGGCGAAAUGCAUCCCAGUGCCAGAUGGACGACAAGGAGCUUGAGGUCCAGAAGGAGGUGGCCAAGAUGUACAGCAGCUUCCAGGUGAUGUACACCGUGGGCUACUCCCUGUCCCUGGGGGCCCUGCUCCUGGCCCUGGCCAUCCUGCUGGGCCUCAGCAAGCUGCACUGCACCCGAAACUACAUCCACGUGAACCUGUUCGCGUCCUUCGUGCUCAAGGCCAGCUCUGUGCUGGUCAUCGACACGCUGCUCAAGACCCGCUACAGCCAGAGGAUUGGGGAUGACUUCAGCGUGAGCGUCUGGCUGAGUGACGGGGCAGUGGCCGGCUGCCGUGUGGCCGCGGUGUUCAUGCAGUACGGCGUCGUGGCCAACUACUGCUGGCUGCUGGUGGAGGGCGUGUACUUGCACAGCCUGCUGGGCUUCGCCACCAUCCCUGAAAGGAGCUGCUUCCCCCUCUACCUGGGCAUCGGCUGGGGUGCCCCCAUGCUGUUCGUCACCCCCUGGGUGGUGGUCAAGUGUCUGUUUGAGAACAUCCAGUGCUGGACCAGCAAUGACAACAUGGGCUUCUGGUGGAUCCUGCGCUUCCCUGUCUUCCUGGCCAUCCUGAUCAACUUCUUCAUCUUCAUCCGCAUUCUUCACCUCCUGGUGGCCAAGCUGCGAGCCCACCAGAUGCGCUAUACUGACUACAAAUUCCGGCUGGCCAAGUCCACGCUGACCCUCAUCCCCCUGUUGGGGGUCCAUGAGGUGGUGUUUGCCUUUGUGACCGACGAGCAUGCCCAGGGUACCCUGCGCUCCGCCAAGCUCUUCUUCGACCUCUUCCUCAGCUCCUUCCAGGGCCUGCUGGUGGCUGUUCUCUACUGCUUCCUCAACAAGGAGGUGCAGUCGGAGUUGCUGCGGCGCUGGCAGCGCUGGCGCGAGGGCAGAGCGCUGCAGGAGGAGCGCCAUGUCGGCAGCCACACGGCCGGGCCCACCGGUGGCCCCCCCGGUGAGAAGCUGCUGCUGUCAAGGGGCAGUGGCAGCAACAGGACUAGCCAGGACCCCUCUGCGGAGACCCACUUGGCUGGCGGCCUCCCUGGAUUGGCUGAGAACCCCUUUUGA